GGAGGUAGAAGAAACGAAACUAGUAGUACAUGUAUUUCCCUGAGACCCUGACAAUCGUAAGAAACCCAUGAUAGUAUAAUGAGAUAAAAACAUAUUUGAUCCUUAAACCGAAAUCGUAGUAUGAUUUCGAAUCGUAGUGAAACAGAAACGAGUACAAAUAGAAGCCACUGCAGAUUCGGUACAUAGCAAUAAGUAGGUUUGCAGAAUUAGGAAUUGGCAGCCCUCAGAAUUGAGUCCCUGAAAGCAUUCAAAGCAUCCGUAGAGGUGACAGGGAAGCCAUUCUCAAGCUUGACACUAAUGGCUCUUGCAUUUUUCUUCACCUCCUCCUGGCCCAUUAUAUCCUCUAUGCCUCGAGCAAUGUCGUUUUUGUUAACCGAUUUUGAGAAAUCAUCAGUUACAAAUUCGCCAGCAGCCCAAUGCUUGACCACCAGUUUGGCAUUAUGAUAUUGAUCACCUCGAAUUGGCCACGCUAGUAUUGGGAUGCCGCACCCAAUGGCCUCCACGGUCGAGUUCCAUCCGCAGUGCGACAAGAAAGCUGCAGUAGAAGGGUGGCUGAGGAUCAGCAGUUGUGGCGCCCAUCCGUGGAUGAUCAAGCCUCUCUUCUUCCCCACUCUCUCCUGCAAACCAUGUGGGUAAAAUCCCUGCUCCGGGUUCUCGUCCGAGUUAAACUUAGAACCAAAAGGGCCGGAACCGAGUUGGAUUGUCCAGAUGAAUGGUCGGUUCGAUGCUUCCAGCGCCUCAGCCAACUCUGAGUACUCCUCAAUCGUCGGACCCACCUCGCUGCCAAAUGAUACGUAUAGCACUGAUCCGGCCGGUUUGCAAUCCAGCCAUUCGAUCACCUCCUCUUCCUUCACAUUUGUCUCUCGUUUCACUCGUACUUCCUGAUCCCGGAACGUUGAGCCCAUCCUCGUCGAUUUCCAGUAUUUGUCUGGCAGCAAUGGACCAACGGCCCGAACCGGUUUGCCAAAAGCUUCGUUGAGGUACUCGAUGAAUGGGGCCUCCAGUUCGUGACACGUGUUGUAAAGGUACUGGGCAAAUCCAUCCAUUUCUUGGAACCAAUGCGGUUGAUCACCGGGCGCAGGUGGGCCCUUCCUUCUCCGGCCCAUGUGUGGUUUCGGGAGCUCAGAUUCUGGGCUAGGAGGUGGCGGCCCAAUGGGCUGCGGUGGUGGAGAUGGGUGCCGCCUUCCAGAGUGCCCAAAAGGUCUUCUUUUGAGGUCAGAUCCCGUUACCGCCAUGUGAUCUGGUAAGCCGGGAAGCAAACGGCUUUCGUUUCCGAUUUCUCCCAAAUCAGCCGACCCCGCCUUCCACAUCGCGUGCUCCAUCGCCGCCGAGCACGCUCCCGAUGUGAAGAACCCAAUCGCCGGGAUGUCGAGCUCGUGAAGAAUCGAACCUAUCCAGGAUCUCAGAUGAUCGACGACCGCACAGAGGGGUUUAGCCCCGCGGAUCGCGAGUAACUUUUGGAGGCACUCAGCCAUCUGGACGCGCUCCAGCUGGAUGCGGUGGUGGAAAUGGUCGCCGGUGUCAGGCGACGGCGGAGGAGGAGGCGGGAGUUGCGGGGUCUCGACGACGUGGAAGAGUUGGUCGGCGGAGAGAGGGGGAGGGACGGAGGAGGAGACGCGGGAGGAGACGAACAGAGUGGUUCUGAGCUUCCGGGAGAGGAAUUGCUGGCAGAGUUCGAAGGUCGGUAGGAGAUGCCCCUGUCCGUGAAAUGAAAUUACCCAUAUUUCCCCAAUGGCAGCAGGAGUAGUAGUCAUCCUCGUUGAACUUCUCUUGGGUUAACCCGCUCGCCUAGAUCAUGCGAUGAUGCAGGUAUUGUGGUGAACAGGGAUCCAGGAUGAGCAAUCUUCAAGGGACAAGUUUAGAUGCAGCAACAUUUCGACUUCUGCUCCAAGUUCCCUAUCGAGACGCUUCGCACGGCCUGGUCACCGAGGCUGAAGCGCGACUCCAGAAUCCUCUGUCUGGAAUGGUUGGCAAGAUCAUAGCUCUGCAGCAGGAGUUGAGGUUCCUUAGGGAAGAGCUCGCCAAUGCCCAGCAGAAGCAGCACCUCCCCUGUCUGGGGGAUGUCUGGACUUUCCGGGAUGGAUUUCAGAACCCUUUCUGUAGCCCCCGACAGCUUAGUUCAGCUUCAGUCUCCAGCGAUUGCGGCCGCCGGAGUGAGCAGUUCGGAUUUGCAGCAGCGAGCAUUACCAGCAGAAAGGCUAUGAGGAACAGGGGCAGCUGCGACUGCGAGUUAAGGAAAGCUGCAAAGAGGCGCCGCAAAAAUGAUGAAGAAGAGGGAAAUACAACUAGUGCUGCUAUUGACAGGUUAAGCCAUCUUCCACAACCCAUUCUUUCUCACAUCCUUUCGUUCCUCGACACCAAAUCUGCUGUUCAAACCGCUGUCUUGUCCCGAGUUUGGAGGUCCACUUGGAAACAUGUCCCUGUACUCCAUUUUCGUCGAGAUUCCUUCGUACAUGUUUUGACUUUCAAAAGGUUUGUGCGUCUGGUAUUGUCCUCCCGCUGUCAAAAUAGUGUCCGUAGGGUUAGCUAUGCCCUCAAUGCAGAGCCGCUGGAUGCUAUAGAUAAGAUCACGUUUGGGAGGGUGAUCAAAUAUGCAUUAUCCCAUGACACUCAACAGCUGGUCCUCGACGCGGGAAAUGCCCGUUUUUACGAAUUUCCCCGUUUGUUUGGCUCAAUCUCGAAUUGCAAUCUGAAAAGCCUAGAAUUGAGACAUAUCAUCCUCUGUGGCAGAGUCCGAUCUUCCGUUUUCCCAAUGCUGACAACAUUGAAUUUGUUCCGUUGCCAUCUGGACACUCUUGAUCACUACGAGCCGGAUAUCGAUCUUAUCUCAAACUUCCCGUGCCUGAUGAAUUUGGUUAUGCGUAAAAUGCGUUGUAUUGGUCCACAGCCAGUUAUCAAGGUACACGGACCCCAAUUGGUCAGCCUGGAGUUGGAUGGGAUGGAAUGUUUCGAGAUUGAAAUAUUUGCGCCGAAACUCAAAAGCUUUCAGUUUGUCACACCCCUAUAUCAAGUAGACAUUACUGAUCCCACGGGUUGGUGGACCGAUCAGGAGUACCACAGAGGAGCGGUGCAGCAAUAUUUGCACUCUUUCUUCCAAGGUUUGCAUGAUGCAAAGUCUUUGAAGCUAGAUACUUAUGAAAUUCAGGGACUAAGGAAGAUUUCUGGUUUUCUGGAAGAGCAGCCAUCUCCAUUCAGGAUAUUGGACAAAGCAGGAACUCCAAAGGGGUUCUCCAAGUUGACACUUCUGUCCCUGGAUCGUGCUGAUGCUUCGUUGCUCAUUGCUCAAGGCACAUGUCGAGUUUCGAAGCAAUAUCUGCACUCCUUGUUCCAAGGUUUGCACAUUGCAAAAUCGUUGGAGUCGUCGACUGUAAAGGGUCCGAAAAUGUACCGU